UGGGUUCGUGUGGUCAUGACAUGAUCUCGAGCAGAAUUUUGGGUGGGUCUCCUUGCUGUUCCGAGACAUAAUCUUUGGUGUGCAGUGCUUUGAUUGGCUUUCCCCUGUUUACCACUUCGGAUUCCUUUGGUGGAUUGUGCUUCGGUGAUUGAUAAAGUUGGUUGCUUUAUCGGUAUCUGUUCCUCUCUUGUGUACCCCUUUGGAUACUUUACAGUCGGGGUCUCGGUUUUUGGGUUUGCUCUGCUCUCAAUAAUUGAGGGUUUUACUGCACAAAUUGCGAUUGUUCGUAGACUUAGGGUUUAGUGAAUUCUUUAAUUUCACCGAUCUCAAGGACAUGCCUGUGUGAACUUUUUGUCUUUUAGCUUUGUUCCGUGCUUAUUUCAGCUGGCAGACUGUUUCAGUAAGUGGGUUGAACUUGAUUGUGGGUUGGUGCUUGGGUUUCGAGUUUCUGGGGUUUGGGGCCAGUUACAGGAUAAUUCUUCAUUCACUGAUUUUAAGUUUGAUUGGUCUGUUUGCUUCUUUUGCCAGAGGAACAGUUCUAGCUUUCGGUCUCAGUUUUUUUUCUCCAAGUCGGCGUUGAAGUAUUGGUUGAUCAGGUAAUCUUGUGCUUGUCCCAUUAGAACCCAUCGCAAUCUGUCUCUGGUUUCUGCUUGGUUUUCUGGACUUUUGACUUCUUUGAGUUGAGUCCACUGGUGCAAGUGGUGCGUUAUUUUUGAGUUCACAUUAAUUUCGUGCUUGGCCAGGUUUUGGUUAAUCGGUCUAGGAUGGAUUCGCCACAGUCGGUUGUUUCAGCAUUCAAGAGCUCUGUUGUUGAGGUUGAGAAACAGCAGCAGCCGGACUUCUUUGUCCUGAACUCUGGUUGUUUCUCCAAGGGCAUCGAUGCCAGCAGGACGGAAGCUGUUGGUGCUGCCUUGGAGAGGGAAGCUGUUGGUGCUGCCUUGGAGAGCUUCGUUGGCUCUCUCGAGGUUUUCGUACAUCGGGCAAGGGACAUCCAUAACAUCUGCAUAUACCACAAGCAAGAUGUCUAUGCUAAGCUUUGUUUGACCAGCGAUCCUGAACUUGCUGUGUCUACCAAAACCAUCAAUGGUGGUGGGCAAAAUCCAGUUUUCAACGAUAAUCUUCGGCUCAAUGUACGAACAUUGGAGUGUUCCCUCAAGUGUGAAAUUUGGAUGCUGAGCAGGGUGAAGAAUUAUCUGGAAGAUCAGUUGCUGGGUUUUGCUCUGGUGCCAUUGUCCGAAGUCAUCCUCAAGAAUGGGAAGUUGGAUAAAGACUUCUCUCUCUCUUCAACUGAUCUCUUUCAUUCCCCUGCAGGGUUCGUUCAUUUGUCACUCUCUUACAGUGGAGCUUCACCUGAAGUGAUGGCUAUUUCGGCUCCACCCACUGUUUUGGCCACUGAGGCAUCUGUCCAAGAAUCAGAAGUAGCUGAAUCGGACCCAUGUGAGCUUGAUAAGAUCGAGUUCCCAGACCCAAAUAUUGUCAAUGAGAAUCAAAUGAUGGUUUCCGAGUACUUUGGCAUCCAAUGUGAUAGCUUGGAUUCUCAGAACUCUGAGAGCUUGGUUUCUUCAGAUGAGAAUCAGCUGAGUUCCGAAAUGGGGGUUCAUGCAGUCGACAGCAUCUCAACAGUCACAGUUCAGUCGGUCCUGCAUCCAGUCCGUGAUUCGCCCCCAAGCAGCGUCUCAACUAAUGGGGUAUCUUCUCCUUCAGUUCCUGCGAGCUCCCAGUCCUCAGAUGCUCCGGUAGCUUCAAAGUAUCCAAGUCAGGAAGAAGAUUCAAAGCCUUCAAAUGAGCAGCAUGUUUCAACCCCAAAAGAUCAGAGCGUGCACAGCGAUGAUCGUGACAGUGCUUCCUCCGGUGGUGCAUCGAGCAACUCUUUAGCAAAACCUCUAAUCGCAGUAAACAUCGAGCCGGAGCAGAAAGUGAAGCAGCAGGAUUUUGUGGACAUGUACAUGAAAAGCAUGCAGCAGUUUACUGAGUCCCUGGCUAAGAUGAAGCUUCCUAUGGACAUUGAGAGCGAGGAAUCCAGCCCGGCAAGUUCGACUCCUGAUCAGAAACUGCAGGAAUCAAAGAGCAAUGGUUCCCGCGUGUUCUAUGGGAGUAGAGCCUUCUUCUGAGCUAUUGUUCCAGUAAGCUGAGAUGGAGUGACACAGGUGACAGACUUUAGAGUGAGGACUGAUGCUGAUAGUGAACUGUAAUAACUCAUGAUUUAGUGUGGCGUUUCCCUUUGUAUGUCGAGGUGAUUUAGGAUGGAGAUCAUGACAUGUACUUUUAGCGACUACUUUGAUGUUGUCAAUGAUGUCCAUGUAUAAGAAUCAUUUCUCGUUAA